AUGUCGGGCAGCGCAGGAUACGACAGACACAUCACUAUCUUCUCUGACCAGGGAAGACUAUACCAAGUCGAAUAUGCUUUCAAGGCUAUCACGGCUGCGAACAUCAUGUCGAUUGGUGUGAGAGGAAAGGACUGCGCCGUUGUCCUGUCGCAGAAGAAGGUCCCCGACAAGCUUAUCGACCCAUCAUCUGUCUCGCACAUUUUUCAGCUCUCUCCAUCGGUAGGCUGUGUCAUGACCGGGUCCAUCGCCGAUGCCAGGGCAUCUGUCCAAAGAGCUAUCGGUGAAGCCGCUGAGUUCAGAUACAAGUAUGGGUACGAGAUGCCUUGCGAUGCUCUGGCCAAGCGAAUUGCCAACAUCAGUCAAGUCUAUACGCAAAGAGCUUACAUGCGUCCGUAUGGCGUUGCUACUACUCUGAUCUCAUUAGAUUCCGAGUACGGUCCUCAACUCUACAAGUGCGAUCCAGCAGGUUACUACACAGGCUACAAGGGCACGGCGGCAGGCCCUAAGCAGCAAGAGGCUUUUAAUCAUCUUGAGAAGAAGCUCAAGAACAAGGAGCAUGCAGAUGGCAGCUGGGAAGAUGUUGUUGAGCUUGCGAUCACUACCUUGAGCACUGUUCUCAGCGUGGAUUUCAAGAAGGGCGAAUUGGAGAUUGGCAUCGUUGGCGGGCCCAGAAAGGACGGGAAGGAAGGCCCCGACCCGGGUUUCAGAGCUUUGACAGAAGAGGAGAUCGACGAGAGACUCCAAGCGAUCGCAGAGAAAGAUUGA